UAGAUAGCAGUCAUGUGAUCUAGGCACUUAAUUAGGAGCGAUUAAUAUAAAUCGGUGGUCAACAUACAGCUCCGAGCAGAGCCACAACGUUUUGUCAGGGCGACAGACAAGAAGUCCAGGUGACCUAGAACCAUGCUGAGGCUGCUCCUUCUGUCCUUGGGACUCCUGCAGGGAAUCCAUGCCGUCUUUGCCUCUAGCUCCAGCCAUAGCCGUAUGGAUGAGGUGGGAUCCAUUCUGGAGGAAGUGGGAAGGGCCAGCUACCCGAGCCUUCUGCAUCUGGUCAAAGAUGCACCCCCAGAUUUUGAACAGUUGGCUUUAGAGGUAUCAAUAGCUCAAGAUGACCUUGGGCCAGAGGCCAGCAUGAUAGAGUCACAGAUACUGUCAUCAGCGUUGCAGGCCCAGGGAAGGGAGGAACGCUCCCCAAGAAGAUGCGUCCGCCUGCAGGAAUCGUGCAAUGGCCAUAAGCUCCCUUGCUGUGAUCCAUGCGCCACUUGCUACUGCCGCUUUUUCAAUGCCAAUUGCUUUUGCAAGAAAUUCAGCAACACUUUUCCAUGUGGCAAGAACUAG